CGCAACGUGCGUGUGGUCUCGGGGUCGUAUACAGUCUCCGCUACCUCGAGGUCUGGAUGAACCGAUGCUUUGUCCCCAUAAUUUGCGUUCGCGUCGCUGAGUCGUCGCACAGUUAAAUAGUCGCGUUUAAAAAAUAUAAAAUUAAUCGGUUUAACAGUGCGCAAUUACCGGCAUUAUUAAGGAAUUUGGCGACAAUGCAACUACGCAUGCACUUGUCCGGGACGCCUUUUCCAGUGCCCACGUGCUGUUUUGUUUUCAAAUACCAAAUGUGCAAAGUGCUCCAGAGAAGAAUGCACUUGCAAUGAGACUGAUUAGAAUUUAAAGUAUCACCAAGCAUCAGCUUUCAGGCUUCAGAUUCUUGGUUCUGUUCAAAAUUUUUCAUGAUGUAUUUACUACCCCUUUUACUCGGUGUAAAUUUUCUAUUUGCUCAAAGUUACAAACCCAAUGAAAAUGAAGCUUGGAGAGAAUUGGAACAACUCAGUCAAGACCAAGAUUUGAGCAUUAAACAUAAAGUGAAGGAUUCUGAUUACCUCCAAACAGUGGAGCCACCAAAUUGUACGAGAAAUGGAACAUGCAUUCGGACGAGAGGAACCAACCUUUCGUGCAUGGGAACUAUUCUUCCUUAUUCAGAAACUUCCUUUGAACUCAUUCCUGAAUAUUCAUCAAUCGAAAUGAUAAAGCAAAAACUGAUUGAACUCCAAGGUCUGAGACACAUCCCAAAAUGUUGGACGAUUGUUCAGUCACUCGUGUGUUCGCUUUUCAUGCCAAGUUGUUCCGACAAUGUGAUCAAUAUGCCAUCUCAAGAAACAUGUAGAUUGGUUAAGGGACCUUGUCGAGCCGUUUUGAACCAUACAAUCUGGCCGAAUUUCAUUAAAUGUGAAGAUACUCAGCGCUUUCCAUCAGGAUGUCGACAUGACACGAGGGACAUCAAAUUCAAUAAUUCAGGAAGAUGUCUUGCACCUCUCAUACAGACUGAUAAUCCUCUUGCAGUAUUCGAAGGUAUUGAUGGUUGUGGAUACCCGUGCAAUGAUCCCUUUUUCUCCAGUGAUGAACAUAAACAAAUCCACUCUUUCAUUGCUUGGGCGGCUGGAAUUUGCUUUAUUUUCAACUUAUUUACAGUGCUAACAUUUAUGGUAGAUUGGAGAAGCUCGAAUAAGUACCCGGCACUCGUAAUUUUUUAUAUAAAUUGCUGUUUUAUGGUUUCCUGCAUUGGAUGGCUGAUACAAUUUACUCCUGGAAGUAGGGAGGUCAUAGUUUGUACAAAAGAUGGAACCUUAAGGAGAAGUGAACCCAGCGGUGGAAAUCUGUCAUGUGUGGUAGUAUUUGUGCUGGUGUAUUACUCUCUAGUGGCUGCUAUGGUAUGGUUCGUUAUUUUAACUUAUGCAUGGCAUAUGAGUUUCCAAGCUCUGCAUAAAAUCCAGGACAAAAUCGACAAAAAAGCGGCGUAUUUUCACCUCAUGGCUUGGUGCUUACCUCUAAUGUUGACUGUUACCAUCAUGGCUUUAGGCGAAAUCGACGGAAAUAGCGUAACAGGAAUUUGUUUUGUCGGUUACUUCAAUCACUCGGUGAGAGUUUGGUUUUUGCUCGUACCCUUGGGUCUUGUCCUGCUGAUCGGGGGAUUCUUUUUAUUCCGAGGAUUGUUGACCCUAAUUCGACUUAAAAUGGGCAGUGAAGAUAUUAUAUCGGAACAUGCAAGUUCGAAAAUACGAGAAACUAUUGUGAGAAUGGGACUGUUUUCAGUAUUUACGUUCACUGCGGUCUUUAUUACGAUUUACUGUCAUAUUUAUGAUUUUUAUCACUCGGAGGAAUGGAAGCAGAGCUUCAGGAAGUACAUGAUGUGUUCAAUAACAACAAAAUAUACAGAUUUAUCAGACUGCAAAAUGGAAUCUCGGCCAAGUUUAGCAAAAUUACAACUUCACUUGUUGAGCCACUUCUUCGCCGGCAUACUGAUGUCUUCUUGGGUCUGGACUAGAUCGGCUAUUGACAUCUGGGUCAGGUUUUUUCGAAGAAUUUUUAAUCACGAGGUAGAGGAAGAAAAGAAGCGGAAAAAGCACAAGGUGAUCGCUCAAGCUUUCGCAAAGAGGAAUACCUUCAAUAACGACGGGCGCUUAUCCAUCCAUUUUUGCAGCUCUCACGAGGAUCCAGUCGGCUUGAAUUUCGACCUAAACUCAGUCGCAUCUCAAGCCCUGAGCUCGACUUGGGCAGCUGCUUUACCAAAAUUAGUAGCUCGAAGAGGCGCCAUCAUCGACAAACUUUAUUCCUCAGGUUCCAUUUCCAGCAACAGAAGAAACUCCGUUGAUUCCGAAAUUAUCAACUUCCGUCGAGUUUCCGUAGAGUCUCGACGAAAUUCUCUCGACUCACAAGUAUCCUUGACAAUCGAAGAACUGAAAACGACGAGGAAGGUUGGCACUUCACGCACUCGUCAUGGCAAACGAAGAAAAGAAUUCGCGAAGAAGAAAGGGACAUUUUUCCGAAGAGGAAGCAGUACUUCUCAAGAAAGUCAACUAGGUACGCAGAUCAUGAACGCCUUGACAAAUGGCUACGUUCCUACGGUUCCUGCGAUUCAGCUGCCGAAUAUGAAUCGACGACCAGCACUUUCUGUUCAUGAACUUCCCAAACUGGAUGGUAAGAGUGCCGGAAAACUAUUGCCGUUUUUACUGCCGAGUCAAAGCGGAAGUGAGGACGAAAUCAGCACAGAGGUCAAGAACGAAAGUUCUAUGAUCAUGGGUGAAGUGAAGAGUAUUAAUGUGGAGGCAGGAAAUCCGCCCAAUGAUGAUCAGGACAGCGAUAAUGAUAGUCACGUUGGAGAAGAAACGAAAAUGUUGGAAUGGCUAGAGGAUCCGCAGGACAGGAGCAAAAGUAAGAGCAGUAAUCGUGAUAAUGGAAGACGUAGUAGGGAAAGUCGAAGGAGUAAAUAUAUACAGGAUGAGACUUUGAAGCAUCUGCUUCAAGAAAGUGAUAUUAAAAUAAAAACCGAGACUGAGACUAAAUAUAACUCGAGAAAAGGGGGAAUCGGCGACUUGGCGGCAAAUCUGCCUCCUUAUUGUCAGGAACGAAUCCAAAUAGAUGGAUCUACAAGUGGUAGAGAAAUUGCGACCCAAACUUCGGUUCCGCUGGAUGUUCUCGAAAUGGAGGAGUUGAAACAGAGCAUCGAUGAAAUUAUUAACAAUAGAAAGAAAAGUUAAAUGUACAUUUGUAGACUAAUUUUAAGGAUUUUUUACAUUUAGUGAAUACUAGGCCGGUUCGUUUUCCAACUUUUUUUCCUGGUUGAAUUUUAAUUGAAUCGUUUAAGCUGAGGGAUCAAAAUUUGUUUGUUGACAUCUGAAAAAAGUAUUUUUUAAAUACAUCUAGAGUCAGUUAUUAUAUUCUGUUUUCUAUUUUUAUUUAAACAUUUCCCAUUAAUUCAAAAAUGGUGACGAACUUUGUAUGUAUCGUUUUUUUUUCUAGUGAAUAAUAAUAAAAAACGGUAAAUUUAGCUCAAUUGAAACUUGUUAAUCUUUGCGUAAGCAGGGUGCUUACUUGGUCGUUAAAUUGGAAAACUGGACAUGUUUUUGCCGGGAAAUUAAGUGAUUUCAUAUAUUUUAUUACUAUAAUUCUGGGUUGGAACAGGAAAUUUUUUAAAUGGAAUAAAAACAAUCCCUGUUUUAAGUCAAAAUUUGUAAAUAAAUAUAUUUGUGACUUGGAGUAGGCAAUUUUUUUAAAUAAAUGUGAUAGUAUCUUUGGAGCAGGGAUUUUCCGCAAAAUAAUUUAUACUUAUAUUAUUAAAUUCUCUGUUACAAAUGAUUCUUUUCCAAAAUUUUCUGUUCCAAAUCAGAAAUCUUCUGAAAAUGUUUAAAAAUCUCUUAAAUCUUGAAAAAUUAUUCGAAAUCAAUCAAAUCUAUUGAAGUCUUUUAGUGAUAAAAAAAAAA